AUGGUAGAUCUCGAUUUGAAAUUGAAACCAGUGGCUGAUGCUAUUAAAGAUGGUAAGAAGGUAACGUUUUUUAAUGGCGCAGGGAUAUCUACUUCCGCAGGGAUUCCCGAUUUUAGAAGCCCCGAAACCGGGUUAUAUUCACAAUUGGCUAAACUUGACCUUCCCUUUGCCGAAGCUGUUUUUGAUAUUGAUUAUUUCAAAGAAAAUCCUAAACCAUUUUAUACACUAGCACAUGAAUUAUACCCUGGUAAGUUUCCUCCUACAAAGUUUCACCACUUUAUCAAGUUGGUUCAAGACCGUGGUCAGUUGAAGAGGGUGUACACACAGAAUAUCGAUACUUUGGAACGUCUUGCAGGAGUUAAAGAUGAAUACAUUGUCGAAGCACAUGGUUCGUUUGCCAAAAACCAUUGUGUAGAGUGUUUUGAAGAAAUGAGCAUUUCAACACUAGAGCAGCACAUGAAGGACGAGAAAAAGAAUGGGAUACCUACAUGCGAAAAAUGCCAAGGGUACGUGAAGCCAAAUAUAGUGUUUUUUGGUGAGGGCUUACCGGCAAAGUUUUUUGAAACUUGGAAAAAGGAUCGUGACCAAGUUGAGUUGGCAAUCAUAUCAGGAACAUCAUUAACCGUUUAUCCUUUUGCUUCAUUACCAUUUGAGGUUAGCAAAAAAUGUACCAGGGUUUUAAUUAACAAAGAAAAAGUUGGUGAUAUUGGUAGCAGAAAACUGGAUGUGCUUGCUUUAAAGGAUUGCGAUUCAGUAGUUGAUGUUUUGGCACUGCUCUUGGGUUGGAAGGAUGAGUUAGACGUACUAUACGAGGCAGGAAAGAAAAAAUGUCAAGUUUCAAAAGCAAAAGCAAAAGCAAAAGCUGAUCAUGAUGAAUUGGAAACAGAUAAUGACAAGUCAAAAAGAGAACAAGACGAGGAAAAAAAGCCAGUAGAAGAUCAAGAAGAGGAAAAAAAGCCAGCAGAAGAUCAAGAAGAGAUAGUUGAUGGUAAAAAGGAACAUUUGCUGGAGCUCAUUGACAAAUUGAAAAUCUGA